CGCAGCAUUUCGACGUGAGCAAGAGGAAAAACAGGGCGCAGGCGCGGAGUCUCAGCUGUGGGCAGCUCGGCGGGUUGUCUCUCUGGAAGGAAAAAUAUAAUUCUCAGCAAAGCAGAAUUCAGAGAUUGCGUCAAGUACGAGCUGUUAAUCUGGAAUCGGUGAAGAAUGGCAGCAGAUAAAGCAGGAGAACAGGGCACAGAAAAGAACGAAGGUUCUGCCAACUGCUCCGGUAUCUCUGACCAAGAAAAAGAGCUGUCCAGGUGCUCCUUCCAGGCUUUCACGGCCGGAAACUAUGAAGCAUGUCUUCAGCAUCUUGGUGAGCUGAAAGAAAUUAACAAAGAUGACUACAAAAUAAUGCUGAAUAUGGCAGUUACUGAAUUCUAUAAAAGUGACCAGAGUACAACAGACAGUCUAAAACACACACUAAAUCAGCUGCGGAAUGAGGUCCAUUCGGCUGUGGAUGAGAUGGACAGCUUAGAUGAUGUGGAAAACAGCAUGCUUUAUUAUAACCAGGCGGUAAUCCUGUAUUAUCUGCGCCAGCACAUGGAAGCCAUUGCCAUUGGGGAGAAGCUUUAUCAGUUCAUUGAGCCAUUUGGUAGGCCUCUGAGAAUGUCCAGAACGUCGUCCCAGAACUCUAAAGGACCAUGUGCAUCAUGCAGACGAGAAGAGAAGUUUGCACACGCUGUGUGCUUCCUGCUGAUUGACCUAUACCUUCUAACUUACCAAACUGAAAAAGCCUUACACCUUCUGGUGGUAUUGGAAAAAAUGAUCUUACAAGGCAGCAACCAUAAUAAAAAUGGUAAAAAUAAUGAGACAAAUAAUAGUAGUAACAACAAAGAAGCACUAAACGCGAGGACUGAAGGAGGCGCUCAGUUAGAAGCUGCAAAGUCCAAAAUUCAUCAGUACAAAGUAAGGGCGUACAUUCAAAUGAAAUCUUUGAAAGCGUGCAAAAGGGAGAUAAAGUCUGUCAUGAACACAUCUGGCAAUUCUGCCCCCUCACUGUUCCUAAAAAGUAAUUUUGAGUACCUCAGAGGCAACUAUCGGAAAGCUGUGAAAUUACUCAACUCUUCAAAUAUCUCGGAACAUCCAGGAUUCAUGAAAACUGGUGAAUGUCUUCGCUGCAUGUUUUGGAAUAAUCUUGGGUGCAUUCAUUUCGCUAUGGGAAAGCACAAUUUAGGAUUAUUCUACUUCAAAAAGGCCAUCCAGGAAAAUGAUAACGCUUGUGCGCAGUUAAUGUCCUCAACCACAGAUCAAGGGAGGAAAUUUUCCGGUAGACCGAUGUGCACGCUAUUGACCAACAAGCGCUACGAGCUGCUAUACAACUGUGGGAUUCAGCUUUUGCACAUUGGCAGACCGCUGGCAGCUUUUGAAUGUUUGAUAGAAGCCGUUCAAGUGUAUCAUUCAAACCCUCGGCUCUGGCUAAGACUGGCAGAGUGUUGCAUAGCUGCCAAUAAAGGGACACCUGAACAGGAAGCUAAAGGUCUUCCAAGCAAGAAGGGCAUAGUACAGUCUGUAGUAGGCCAGGGUUAUCAUCGGAAAAUAGUCCUAGCUUCACAAUCCGUUCAGAAUCUCUUGUACAAUGAUGGAGAAUCUUCCGCCAUUCCAGUAGCCAGUAUGGAAUUUGCAGCUAUUUGCUUAAGAAAUGCUUUGCUUCUUUUGCCGGAGGACCAGCAAGAUGGCAGCAAAGAGAAUGGUGCAAAGAAUAGUCAGCUGGGCAACACCGACUCCAGUGGGGAGGGCACUGAAGCGUGCAGUAAAAACCAUGAAAGCGAUAAAUUCCUGCCAGCUCCACCUUCUUCACCUCUGAAACGGCAAGAACUUGAAAAUCUAAGGUGUUCUGUACUCGCCUGUAGUGCCUAUGUUGCCUUGGCUUUAGGCGAUAACCUCAUGGCCCUAAACCAUGCAGAAAAACUCCUUCAGCAGCCCAGAUUGUCGGGAUCUUUGAAGUUCUUGGGGCAUUUGUACGCAGCUGAAGCACUUAUCUCUCUGGACAGGAUCUCAGAUGCCAUCACUCAUUUGAACCCGGAGAAUGUCACAGAUGUGUCCCUUGGGGUUUCGUCGAAUGAACAGGAGCAAGCAUCCGAUAAAGGAGAAAAUGAACCUAUGGAAUCUGUGGGAAAGCAAAUGCCCCAGUGCUACCCAAGUUCAGUCACUUCAGCUAGGACCAUGAUGCUGUUUAACCUCGGGAGCGCAUACUGUUUACGCAGCGAAUAUGAUAAAGCAAGAAAGUGUCUUCACCAGGCUGCAUCCAUGAUCCAUCCCAAGGAAAUCCCACCAGAGGCAAUACUGCUGGCAGUCUACCUAGAACUACAGAAUGGCAAUACCCAGCUGGCUUUGCAGAUCAUCAAAAGAAACCAACUUCUACCGUCUGUUAAAAUCAUGUCGGAUCUUCGAAAGAAACAGUUAUUCCAGCCAAUCCAUCAGCCGAUGCAGCCAAUUCAGAUGCCCGCGUUCACCACCGUUCAAAGGAAAUGAUGUAUGCCUUUCAUAGGACUGUCAGCUGAAAUGCUACAAACCUCUACCAGUUCAUCAAUAAAUGGCAUAUUGGACUUUU